AAGUAUCAACUGCUCAGAGAAUGUCCUUGUUCCGCUCUGUUUGUACCGUGUCCCGGUUCUACAUCGACUCGAGCACUCUCGUUCCUGGACUCCUUCGUUUCAAUACUUCCAAUAUUCGCUGCUUUUCAUCGGAGAAGUCAGUAUACGCACCAUUGUUUGCUGCGGAACAUUGGAAGAAUACGCUUCCGCAAGGGAAAAAAGUAUCUGCUAUUGAUUUGGCUCUUAACUCAGUAGUGAAGGUGUUCACUGUCUCUAACAAGCAUAGAACUUUUCAACCAUGGCAGUUUUGUAUGCAGGAUGAAUCUACCGGCUCAGGAUUUGUUAUCGCGGGAAGGAAGAUUCUUACGAAUGCUCAUGUAGUGGCUAAUCACACAUCUGUUAAAGUCAGAAAACAUGGUUCACCCACGAAGUACAAAGCAAAAGUUCGAGCAAUCGGGCAUGAAUGUGAUUUGGCCAUCUUGGAUAUCGAUAGCGAAAACUUUUGGGAGGGGAUGAACCCCUUGGAACUCGGGGACAUACCCUCUCUGCAAGAAAAGGUCUACGUUGUUGGCUAUCCAAAAGGUGGUGAUACCAUAUCCGUUACGAAAGGUGUUGUGUCGAGAGUUGAACUCUUAGAAUACAGUCACAGCGCCACUGAACUACUGGCAAUACAAAUAGAUGCAGCUAUCAAUGAAGGAAAUAGUGGCGGUCCGGUAAUCAUGGGAAACAAAGUGGCUGGUGUAGCAUUCGAAACUCUAGGUUGUUCCGAUAGUAUAGGCUACAUAAUUCCAACUCCGGUCAUUAGGCAUUUUCUAAAUGCUGUUGAAGAAAGUGGUCAACAUGUUAGUUUCUGCUCAAUAAAUCUAUCAUAUCAGAAUAUGGAGAAUGAUCAACUCCGUAACCAUUUCAAAAUGAGCGACGACAUGACAGGGAUUCUUAUAAAAAAAAUAAACCCGCUUUCGGAUGCUCACAAAGUUCUGAAAAAAAAUGAUGCCAUUCUCUCGAUUGAUGGUGUUCCUAUAGGAAACGAUAGUACAGUCCCUUUUCGUAACAAGGAACGAAUAACUUUCAAGCAUUUGGUUUCUAUGAAGAAACCAUGUGAAAAAGCGUUACUUAAAGUCUUAAGAGACGGAAAAGAGUAUGAGUUUAAUAUUAGUCUAAAACCCAUUCUAGAGAAUGACAUCAAUACAGGAUACAACAUUUUUGAAGAUUUGCAGGUGAAGAAAGUGAAUGGAGUGCAAGUGCAUAAUCUCAAACAUCUAUAUAAGCUCAUAGAGGAAUGCUGCACAGAAAAUUUGUUGAUGGACUUGGAACAAGAUAAUAUUAUCGUCCUCAAUUAUAAAUCUGCGAAAAAAGCCACUUCUAAGAUCUUGAAGAAACUCGAAAUACCCUCGGCCAUGUCCAAGGACCUUCAGCCUAGACAGUUGAAUAGGCGCCGCAAACCGCGGGAACUAAAACUUGCUGGUUUCGGCUUAUCCAAAGAGCGUUCUGUUCUUGAGAUGUUGGGGGGUAUCCUUCUUGAAAUGAGAAAAUCUUACACGCGGAGGCUAUAUGAGGAUAUCUCUCCGGUGGCCACAGAGUUCUUGAUGCAGUGCUUUGCGUGGCAGCCUGCAGAUAGGGCCACCGCGUCCGCGAACAAAGAAGAAGCAUAUUUCAUUGCAUCAGAUGUUCUGAAGAAGAUAUGCAGUAGCCAUAAAGGCGUAGAUGCAGUUCGAAAGCUUCCUGCACUGGUAAAACGGUUACACGCCUUAGUUGAGGAGCUAACUCGUAAGGCAAACAUCGAGAAACGUUAAGGGACAGACUGAAAAAGAAAAGAGUUGAUCUGUUCACUGUCACAACUCUUCUCUGUUUAGAUUAUGUAGUUACUCUCAGCUUAAUAAACCUUGCUGAUUUCA